AGGUAACUACCGACCCCGCCGCGUUCUCUAUAUCAACCAUCCAUCCCGCAACAACGACCGACAGACGUGAAGUCGGAGUUCUCCAGAGGCCCGACCAAACAGCUCGCAGCAGGGAUAGCAGCGCGCUUUCAUAUUUUUCUCUUUUUAUUCGGAACAAACAAAAGAGGCGGGUUUCUUGAAACGUAGCACAUAGGUGGCUCCUGCUGAGAGACCGCUGAUCGCCGAAGCCUCAGAGAUUCCCCUAGAGACAAGUCCAGUCGCGAGACCAAACCUUCCCUCCCCUCCCCCAAACAGCCGCGAUGGCCGACAAUGCGGAGAACGGCAGCCCUCGGCCGCCCAACCCUGAGACGGUGCCAGCCCCGAGCGAGCACCUGAACAUCAAAGUGACCGACAACAACAACGAGGUCUUUUUCAAGAUCAAGCGCACUACUAAGCUGGAGAAGCUUAUGACGGCCUUCUGCGAGCGGCAAGGCAAGGCACCCGCCUCGGUCCGGUUCCUCUUUGAGGGCCAACGUGUGCAGCCGACAGACACACCCGACACUUUGGAGAUGCAGGAUGGUGACACCUUGGAGGUUCACCAGGAGCAAGUUGGCGGCUGCUGAGCACAC